AUAUGUGGAAACAAUAACAGCCUCUUUCAGGAUUAUAAGCUCCGCUGAAUUGUGUCUCCCAAUCACAGAAUAAGCCAAUAAGGACUAGUUCUCGCCUAUUUAAAUGCGAAGAAGAACACCUUAGAGAGCCUAACCGCACUGUGAAAUAAUGCUUUACAGACGAGUCCAAAAACUUGAAGUAUCUUCUUUUAGACCUGAUCCACAUAGUAUAUAGGACAUGCGUUACAUAGUUGCAAGGAAUGUCUUGCAAGAGCUGUCUCUGGAUGAAGUAAUCCGUACCAAAUCAAAGUACGAAAUGUUCUAGAUAGUCAAGCCUUCAAUUGGAGCAUGUAAGAAAGUAAUGUUCUAACAAUAGUCGUACCACACCGAACUUCCGCCACCCAACUCAGAAUUGCGCCAUUUUUCUAAAAGCCUGGCAUAUAAAGUAAGCGACCGCAAUCACUACCACUAGAUUCGGGACGACUUCGUCUAGUUCGAGUUUGUGUCCACACAGUGACACCGUUACACACAUUAAAUUAAAUGCUAAAGCAGUUGCUAGGGUACGUAUCGUACGAACGUCUGUUCCCCCGUGGCCGAAAGUCAUCCCUGGGGGAAACCCUCACGGCUCUCGGCAAUCGACAGUCUUGCUUACUCGCGCGCUCCAGAAAACGAGCAAUUUCUAAGCUGACCAUUCUUAAGCGUCCUACCCCGUCCAAGGUUCCCGAUGCGUGUGCAUGGAUAUGCAUUGCAAAUUUAAAGCAUUUAAAAGACGCUUUACCUACCCAUCGGCGACUCAGUUGAAAGGUGUCGAGUGGACGUGCCACGUGGCAGUGUCCAGGUUUACCGCGGUUUCGAAGUGAUCCGCGGAUAGCGGCCAAUUUUGUGAAGUGUUCAGUGUGGUUUUGUACGUGGUUUAGCUGCAAGGUGGUAGAUAGUGGAUAGCGCAUAGUAGUAACACCCUUCGCAGCCAUGACGCUUGUUUUGGAACGGAUGUACGACGUGUACCGGGAGUUCAUGGUGGAACGACGCGAUAUGCGCAGCGUAAAUCUGCCACUGGCCGGAAGUCCCUGGCCUCUGGCGCUGUUGCUCGGGACCUAUCUGUAUAUGGUGCUGCACGCUGGACCACGGUUUAUGGCCCAAAGAAAAGCGUACGAUCUGCGGAAGAUUAUCCGCGUGUACAACAUAGUGCAAGUGCUGAUCAAUAGUGUACUUUUUCUGUGGAUUGUUAUAAAGAUAUUUGUCGUGUACAGGGACUACAACUUCUCCUGUCAGGUGUGCAACUACACGACUGACUAUCGGGGGAUGGAGGAGAUGUAUCUCAGCUACAGCUACUUCCUGCUGAAGGUUCUCGACCUCGCCGACACCGUGUUCUUCGUGCUGCGCAAGAAGCAAUCGCACGUGUCCUUUCUGCACGUGUACCACCAUACGGUUAUGGUGCUUGGAUCAUUCUUCGGUAUGCUGUACGUACCUGGCGGGCACGCGGUCAUGCUCGGCAUCUGGAACACGCUCGUACACGCCGUCAUGUACAUGUACUACUACCUGUCGUCGUACGGCUCGCAGUAUAGUGCCCGAUGGAAGCAGAACCUAACCCGUAUGCAACUGCUCCAGUUCAUUCACCUCGCGUUCCACUUCGGCAUACCGCUGUUCUUUAAUAGCGAAUGCAAGUUUCCGCGCUUCUGGAUGGGCGUCGGUUUCCUGCAGGCACUCUUCAUCCUCGCCCUCUUUAUGGACUUUUACAUUAAGUCGUACAUCGUGAAGAGGAAAAAGCAGUAGCAGUCCAUUGACACCAUCGUCCCAUUGGCAAACAAAAAAAGAAACGGGUCAUCGAUCGUAUCGGGACGAGGUUUCCUUUCGAUUAGAAGUUAGAGUCAAGAACACAAGACAGUGAAGCAGAACGAAUCAACGUACAAAUUUAAAAGUGGUGAAUGUGUGUAAAGCUAAAUGUAAUGUAUGCGUGUUACGAAAAACUCGACAAAAUAAAACGACUGAAAUAAGGGAAACUAAACAAACAACAACAAAAUGGAA